CAACAAAGAGCAUUCUAUCGGUCCCUAGAGAGAGCGAUCGGCUCGGCUACAAUGUCAAACUGACCAGUAUGGGACAGACCCAGGACAAAGUAGAAGGAGGAGAACAGGACCUUGGUGAAGGAUUGGGGGGGAGGCUGUGCCCUGACUCUGGAGGCAGUCAUACAGGUGAUGUCAUGGAGUUGAGAAAGUGUGAGGAGGAGGCCGCUAACACAGAGGAAACUUCAGUGGAGCCAGACACUCCAGAUCUGGCUGGGAGCCCCAGCCAGGAGCCAACACCACCUUCUAGUGAGAAGCACAUAAAUUUGCGGGUGAGUCCAUUUGCUGCAAGGGAAGUGAAACGAGGAGGGGCAGCAAAGGAGGGAAAAGGAGGAGGAGGAGGAGGCAGGACCACUUUUGUGGUUUCACAGGAGACAGGCACGAACCAAAAGAGUAGUAAGAGGACUGAGGAAAGAGCCCAAGCAAACGAGCUAUUAAGUCACAUAGAGGCUAGCAAGACUGGUGAGGAGCUUCAAACAUCCUCCAAGAUCAAGAUGGAGUACCGGGGUGAGGGAGUCAUCCCACAUGAGGUGAUCCAAGGGGAGACUUCACAUAAUCAGCAAGGCCUUGUUGUUACCUCACAGGAUUCAAAGUCUUUUGACAGCAAUGAAGAGGGUUCUGUAAUGAUGAAGAUCAGCAAAUGUGGAGCUCAUUCAAGAGGAGGAACAGUGAGCAGCUUGAGUGAGAGGAAGAAACCACCUCCAGCUCAACCCCAACAUCCUUUGAAAAACAGCCUGCAGAAAGAGUCUCUGUUAGACAAGAGUGAUGCCAUUCACUACAGACCUCCAAAAGAGAGAACGGAGAAUAAUGCAAAAGAGGAAACAUGUGAAGUGAAGCCUGCUUUAAAUGACUACUCCUCAGUAAAACCAAAGGUCACUGAUGCUCAUGAUCAAAGGAAGUCAGCGAGGCCUUAUCUGCAAAUGAACACAACUGAAACAGCCACAAAGGAAAAGAUAGAAUCAGAUUUGCCAUCAAAUCCAGUGUCAUCCAUUGAACCCACCUCUAUUUUGGAGAAGCUACUGAAGAGAAAUAAAAAAGGGGCACCCUCAGCUAUUUUUAAAAUUGAAGAGGCUGGCAUAGACAACAAUAACAAGACAGUUGUUUCUAUGGAGUAUAACACAAAGAGGAUCCUUGACAGAACAGCGAUAGAACAUGACAUAAAGGGGGUUUUACCCUCCUCAGCAGGUUCACAAAAACAAGCACCUACAGCAAACCUAGCAGCAAAAGGUCUCCAUGUUAGGGACAUGGACAUGAGACAGACAGACACUGGUGACAAUGUGGCCUCAGAUGGACUUUGUUUCCAGCUUGGAGUGAUUGAAAAUACGAUGUGUGAGGGUGCACUCACAAAAUCAUAUUAUUCCAAAGCUGACUGUCAGAGUUCAGCGAAGAACAUCAGUUCAGCAGAUGAUCCAGUCAAGGAAAAGAUAAAGAUAAAGUCAAAUAUAAGCCCCUCUAAAUCCCCGUCUUCAGACAACUCGCAGUCAAGUUCACAUGAAAGAACAUCAUGUGAGGUUAGUAAUGUGAUUGCUGAAGAAUCUACACCUUCCUCAGUGUCUGGUGCAAAGUCUCCACCCAUAAAAAGUGAUACACAAAUUGCAGACUCAUGCAGUUUCCUUACUGCUGAGAAGACAGACACCGGUACUUUAACAACACCUCUACAAAUAAAAAGUGACAGAGAGAUCACAGCUGAUCCACAGUUAUUUGGCUCUGAGAGGGCAGAUUCUGUAAAGAGAAUGAAGGUGAAGGCCUCCAGUGAAGACACUGCUGCACCAGCUAUGGAUGCUGGCUCAAUUUUAGUUGCAGGUGGGACAGUUAUCUCAGAGGAAAGCCACCAGGUCACAGCCAGCAUGAAGCAGAAGCAUCACAUGACAUUUACUACAAAUAAUAUAAUCGAUAAAAAGGAUGAACUGGAUAAAAAACAUGGCAAAGAGAGAGAUGACAGUGUGUUGAAAAGAGAUACACCCCAGAGCACUCCUAGAUCCAGGCCUGUCUCAGAACUCAUAAAAGAGACAAUUCAACUGCAUGAAAAACUGCAGCACCAGGACCGACCAAGGCCAGCUGAAGUCAGGUCUGAGGAGCAGGGCCAGUCUGUGAAGGUGGCACAGAUGAAGGCGGCUUUCGACUCAACCCAGAAAUACCCAGACAAGGCAACUGAGAGGAAGCCAUCAGUGAGAAAAGGUAAGGGCUUUCAAAUCUGUUGA